CGGAAACCCUAUGACAUGCAAUGGCAAGAGUACACCAUCGGUUUUCAAUACUGUCGGACUCGAGGAACCGCAGCUGGGAAUCAAGAGUACCUCGAGUCUGUCGAAAACUCCCAUCGGCUCAUCAAGGAAUUGGAUAGACAAGGCGGCAUCGAUCUUCUUCUAUUCUGCGUACGCGCCGGCAGAGUCACUGCUACGCUUCAGAGCAGUUACCGGCUCUUUUACGAAUUCCUUUGCGAGAAGAAGGUCCCAAUCGUUCUUGCAGUAACGAACCUUGGAAGAGAGCACAGGUUGGAGGACUGGUGGGUGAGAAACUGCAGCACCUUCGAAAAAUACCAGAUCCAGCUCGCCGGUCAUGCGUGCAUCACCGUUAACAGAUUGGACGGAGGAUACAAAGAAUCACGUAUCACGAUCUGGAAUCUUGUUCAGCGAUUUACCGCCGAUGGGCAGAAGCCAAAGGAGUUACUUGCCGGGGGCCCGUUUGUGAAAAGGAAGGAUCUUGUCUCUCUUCUCACCAAGCGUUGUGGUGUAUCUCCAGACGUUGCAAAACAGUUGGCUGAUAUGAUCAGGCAAGACGUAGGUUGAUGACUUUAACUAUGCCUUAUGCUCACCCAAUUGCAAUUGUAGACUUCGUCUAUC